GGGGAUGUGCCCAGUAACGGGUUGGGGGUGGGGGGGGAAGACAGGAGGAAUUGUGGGUGCCUAGCAACAGAGAGGAAGGCGGUGCCUAGCUACGAGGGGGUACUGAGAGCAGCGGAGAGGUAGCCCUGGAGGAUCUGUGGGUGUCUAGCAACGGGGAGGACCCUAGCAACGGCGGAGAUGGGACGGGGGAAAGUAGUUUGGAGAGGUGCGCGGGAAGAGCCAUGGGUUCUUAGCAAUGAGAGAGGGAACCAGGAGAAACUGGGAGCCUAUUAACAGGGAAGGAAGUCUUUGGCUGGUGGGAGCCUUAGGGUAGACACGGAGGAACGUGAGGCAAAGAAGAGAUCAGUCCCACAACUCCUAUCCAUAUAGUCCCUCCUCUUCUCCCCUAGACAAUGUGGCAGGAGGUGGGGGCCCUACUGCGUGCGACCUGUGGACAGCUGGGCCGGACUAUUGGUCUGCCUUGUGGCGCCCUGGGGCCGGGGCCCCGCUGCUGGGGGCCAUGUGGGGAUUCUUGGGCCCAGAAACUUCAUCAGGAUGGGCCUGGCAGGGGCCUGGGUGAGGAGGACAUUCGCAAGGCCCGGGAGGCCCGGAUCAGGAAGACGCCCCGACCCCAGCUGAGUGACCGUUCUCGAGAACGCAAGGUGCCCGCCUCCCGCAUCAGCCGCUUGGCCAACUUUGGGGGACUGGCUGUGAGCUUGGGGCUGGGAGCACUGGCUGAGGUGGCCAAGAAGUCCCUGCCUGGAGGAGGUAUACAGCCAGAGGGAGGCUCCCAGCCAGGCUCCAGCCUUUUCCUGUCGGAGGCCAACGCUGAAAGGAUCGUGCAGACCUUGUGUACAGUUCGGGGGGCCGCCCUCAAGGUUGGCCAAAUGCUCAGCAUCCAGGACAACAGCUUCAUCAGCCCCCAGCUGCAGCGCAUCUUCGAGCGGGUCCGCCAGAGCGCCGACUUCAUGCCACGCUGGCAGAUGCUGAGAGUUCUCGAAGAGGAGCUCGGCAGGGACUGGCAGGCCAAGGUGGCCUCUCUGGAGGAGGUGCCCUUUGCAGCUGCCUCCAUUGGGCAGGUGCACCAGGGCGUGCUGAGGGACGGCACAGAGGUGGCCGUGAAGAUCCAGUACCCAGGCGUUGCCCAGAGCAUCCAGAGCGACGUCCAAAACCUGCUGGCGGUGCUCAAGAUGAGCGUGGCUCUGCCAGAGGGCCUGUUUGCUGAGCAGAGCCUGCAGGCCUUGCAGCGGGAGCUGGCGUGGGAGUGUGACUAUCGUCGUGAGGCGGCCUGUGCCCAGAACUUCAGGCAGCUGUUGGCAGAUGACCCCUUCUUUCGGGUGCCGGCGGUGAUUCAGGAGCUGUGCACGAUGCGGGUGCUGGGCAUGGAGCUGGCUGGAGGGGUCCCCCUGGACCAGUGCCAGGGCUUGAGCCAGGACAUCCGGAACCAGAUCUGCUUCCAGCUCCUGAGGCUUUGUCUUCGGGAGCUGUUUGAGUUCCGAUUCAUGCAGACGGACCCCAACUGGGCCAACUUCCUGUAUGAUGCUUCCAGCCACCAGGUGACCUUGCUGGACUUCGGGGCAAGCCGGGAAUUUGGGACCGAAUUCACAGACCAUUACAUUGAGGCCACUCUGGAGCUACAAAGCGGAGGCCUCUGGGUAGUUGGGACAUCCCCUCCCCACCCCCAGAGUCCUGUUUAGCAUGGCCCUCUUGCCUCCUCCCCAGCCUUUUCCAGUUUAAAAAAGCCCUGUCACACGGGUCCCCCGAGGACCACAGGCGUGACAGAUGGCCAGACAGGCUGGGGCAGGGGGAGCUGGGACAGACCAGAACUGCCAGAGUUAAUCCUGUAUCCCCCUUCCUCCCAAGAAGGGGCAACCCGGUGGUGAAGGGUUCGUCCCCCUUCCCCUCCUCGCCGGGCCAUUCCCCACUUUGACCCUGGUUCCUCUUCUGGGAAGCAGGGACCCUCCUAUCCACCUUUUAAUACAGUAAGUCCCCUACACACAAACCUUCUAGUUGCAAACUUUCAAAGAUGCGAACCUCUGCUCACACGUCCUGUCACGUAAGUUAGUUCACGUGUCUGGCGUCUCCUGUCCCCUCUGUUGUCACCUGGCACAUCCUCGACAAGGGCCUGUGCUUUCGUUUACUGCACAGUGUGGAGUACAGCAGUGCAACGUCUUUCUUUCAAGCCCACGAUGUCCGGAAGCAAGCGUAAAAGCAGCAGUAUAUAACUGAUUGUGUUAACGGGGUACCCAGGCUAACUUUGUUGGACUUAGGAGUAAAACUGAACUUAGGAAUCUGCUCUCAGAAAGGAACUCAUUCGUAUGUAGGGUACUUACUGUAGUAAUAGGAAUUCGUGAUAUUUAUGGUGUUUCCUUCAUGUGGGCAACUUCCCCGGUGGCUCAGUGGUAAAGAAUCCGCCUGCAAUGCAGGAGACACGGGUAGACGUGGGUUC